GCGGGGCUGCCGGGGCCGGCGGGGCUGAGGUUUCUGCACUUGGGAAAUCUGAAACGGUUCUCCUCAAACCAAACAGAACUCACGGGUUGCCAUGUUUAUGUUGCUUGUGUUUGCAUUGCUACUGCAAGAAAUUCUGGCUAAUUCCCAAGCUGAAAAUCUUACUGAAUUCAGAAACAUUCCGGAGGAGCCACUGUAUGACUACAAAGCUAUCAACUUGCCAGAUGAGCAUAUUCCAUACUUUCUGCACAAUAACCAGCAUGUUGCUGACAUCUGUAAGCAGGAUGCUCUUUGCCCAUAUAAAAAACACUUGAAGAAACUAAAAUCCUGCUGGGGUUAUGAGAAAUCUUGCAGAUCAGAUAACAGGUUCAGUUACCCAGUAUGUGAUUAUGUUGAAACUGGAUGGGCAAGUGACAUUGAGACAGCCCAGCAGAUAUUCUGGAAACAAGCUGAUUUUGGUUAUGUUCGAGAGAGGCUCAAUGAAAUGAAGACCCACUGUAAGCCUGCAGCAACAGGGGAUUCAUCUCUGACCUGUUCCCAGUACCUUCAGCACUGCAGAGCAACAAACUUGUACAUUGAUUUAAGGACUGUGAAGAGAAACCAUGACAGAUUCAAAGAAGACUUUUUCCAGAAGGGAGAGAUUGGAGGUCAUUGCACCCUCGACGUUAAAGCGUUUUUGGCUGAAGGUCAGCGCAAGAGCCCUCUGCAGUCCUGGUUUGCAGAACUCCAGACAUUUACUGCAUUAGACUUCAGGCCUCUAGAAGAUGAAAAGUGUGACAUUGUUAUUGAAAAGCCAACGUACUUCAUGAAAUUAGAUGCAGGUGUCAACAUGUACCAUCACUUCUGUGAUUUCGUCAAUCUUUACAUUACUCAACAUAUCAAUAAUUCCUUCAGUACUGAUGUCAACAUAGUCAUGUGGGACACUAGCUCGUAUGGCUACGGUGACCUGUUCAGUGAGACAUGGAAGGCAUUUACUGACUACGAAAUAAUACACUUGAAAACCUUUGACUCUAAAAGGGUGUGCUUUAAAGAAGCAGUGUUCUCGUUGCUGCCUCGGAUGCGAUAUGGCUUGUUCUACAACACUCCACUGAUCUCUGGCUGUCACGGUACAGGGCUGUUCAGAGCGUUUUCUCAGCAUGUGUUACACAGGUUAAACAUUACACAAGAAGGACCCAAGGAUGGGAAAAUUCGAGUCACGAUACUUGCACGCAGUACAGAUUACAGGAAAAUAUUAAACCAGAAUGAGCUCGUGAAUGCUUUGAAAACAGUAUCAACGUUGGAGGUCAAGGUGGUGGACUACAAAUACAAGGAACUUGAAUUUUCGGAGCAAUUGAGAAUUACCCACAACUCUGAUAUAUUCAUCGGGAUGCACGGAGCUGGACUGACCCAUUUGCUCUUUCUACCAGACUGGGCUGUUGUUUUUGAGCUAUACAAUUGUGAAGAUGAACGUUGUUACCUGGAUUUGGCAAGGCUGAGAGGGAUUCAUUACAUCACUUGGAGGAAAAGGAAUAAAGUAUUCCCUCAGGAUCGGGGACACCACCCAACACUGGGAGAACAUCCAAAAUUUACAAACUACUCCUUUGAUGUAGAAGAAUUUAUGUACUUGGUGCUUCUGGCUGCAAAUCAUGUUUCACAGCAUUCCAAGUGGCCAUUUAGGCCUGAUAUUCUGAGAUCCAAAGUGAUACUCGGAUCUCUUCAUCUGGGGAUCAUUUAGAGGUAAUGCUGCCAUCCUGCACUGAUGGCUUUGGUGCCAGGCUUUUGAAGACUGGUUUGUGAAAGUAGUUGUAUAUGUUUAAUGGUGCAGGUGAUGCUGCUGAAGGCAGUGUGUGAGUGCAGGCAUGUGCUUGAGUCUGUGUAGAAGCAGCUAAUGAGGAGCUGCUCUUUCAAGUGAUCACUAAAACAAAUGGUUGAACAUAUGCAUGGAGGAGAGGCUGCAGGGACUUAAUCCAAGGGCAAAAUAUCCUGCCAACGUUCACCAGUUUCAGCAAAUUUGAGUGCAGCAUCAACAGUUGAUGGCCAGGACAUUAUUCAGCCUUUAUGGCUUAAUAUUGCUGGGAUGAAAAUACUGGCUUUGUUGAUUAACUCUACAAAUAGUCACAAAAUUAUCUUGGCAGCAGAACAGGCUUGGUUGGAUUAAUGGGGUUUUGCCAAUAAAUCCUGAGAGAGUUUGGACAACAGCAAAGAUCUGGCUUGUGGCUUUCUUCCAGAGGGUCUGGGCCAUCUCUGGCUGUCUGGAAGCUGGAAUUUGAAGGAAUCCAUGAGGCUUUUGGGCCUGUUGUUCUUUAGGCAGGAUAUAACUCUGGAUUAUGUUUUCCUAACAGACUAUGGAAAUCUUGUUCCUUGCUAUUUCUGAUUUUUGUUUGUUUGUUUUGCUCUCCAGUUUACCCAAGUUUAGAGUCUGUUUUUAACUGGCACAUUGGCAUCAGCGUGAUGAAUUUCAUUUUGGGACUUCACAUGACGUUGCCAAUCCUGAACACUUAUGGGAUUGCCUGUGUCUCAUGUACAGUGUAAACUGGGGGCUGGAUUUGAAAUAAAAAAUAAUUUAUG